AGCUGAGUCUUUACAAACAAGCUUCUCUCUCUGGCACAGACAGAAGAAAGAAAUCUGGAGAGAGAGAAAGAUGGCGGAGCACUUGGCGUCGAUAUUCGGAACGGAGAAGGACAGGGUGAACUGCCCCUUCUACUUCAAGAUCGGCGCGUGCAGGCACGGCGACCGGUGCUCGCGUCUGCACACGAAGCCCAGCAUCAGCCCCACUCUGCUGCUCUCCAACAUGUACCAACGCCCCGAUAUGAUCACCCCCGGCGUCGACCCCCAGGGCCAGCCCAUCGAUCCCAAGAAGAUCCAAUCCCAUUUCGAGGAUUUCUACGAAGAUUUGUUUCAGGAGCUGAGCAAAUAUGGUGAUAUCCAGAGCCUGAACAUAUGUGAUAAUUUGGCUGACCACAUGGUUGGUAAUGUUUACGUCCAGUUUAGGGAAGAAGACCAAGCGCAGAAUGCGCUACAGAAUCUUGUUGGAAGAUCUUAUGAAGGGCGACCUAUCAUUGCUGACUUCUCUCCUGUGACGGAUUUCCGUGAGGCAACUUGUAGGCAAUAUGAAGAAAAUGUAUGUAAUCGAGGUGGAUACUGCAACUUCAUGCAUCUGAAAAAGAUUAGCAGGGAACUGAGGCAGCAGUUGUUUCGGAAGGGUAGACGAAGGCAUGACCGCAGUAGAAGCAGAAGCCGUAGUCCUCGUCCCCGUGGCUAUGAGGAGCGUCAUGGCUCUGGGAGAAGGGGUGGUGAUAACCGUCACCAUGAUAGAGGCAGAAGACCUCGAAGCAGAAGCCCGGGUCGAAGGAGUGGCCGAAGCAGAAGUCCUGGGGGAAGGAGAAACAGGAGCCCAGUCAGAGAAAGCAGUGCGGAGAGAAGGGCCAAAAUUGAACAGUGGAAUAAGGAAAGGGAGAAUCCUGAACCUGCUAGAGAUCAUAAUAAUAAACCCGAGGAUGGUAACCAUGGCUUUGAACAUAAUGAUGGGCGUUCGCGUUCCUAUGACGACAAUCAGCGUCCAACAGAGCAAGGAAAUGGAGAUUAUGACUUCUAAAUGCUAUGCAGUUAAUCUUGGUGCGGAUAAUUCACCAUUUUCUCCCUUUCCUCCUUCCAAAGAAAUAGCUAUGUUUAGGAGGAAUAGCAAAUGAACACAGGCACUUGAUUCAACAUUUUUCUUUUAAACAGCCUAAAAAUCCUAAAAUUAGUUUUCAAUUAUGGGAAUAGGCAUGCAUUCCAGCAAACGUUUGGUGAGGCCAAUAAUUAUUCUAGGAAGAGGAAGCUGCUAUAGAAAUCUUAGCAUGUCAUGCACCCCCUUCCCCCUCCUCCAACCCACACACUUGGCAAACACUUCUUUUGCUGAAUCCUGCAUGACUAAACUGAUCAUAUUAUUAUCAGUUGGUGGAGCAGGAUCUGUUUUGUCUUUUCAGAUAGAAAUAACUUGGACUAUGUUUCCUCAAUUAUCUGUGUUCACCUUAGAACUGUUGUUGUUCCUUGACUAUGUUGCACUCCCCCCACCCCCACCUCAAUCCUCCCAACCAAUUCCUGGGGUGACUAAUAUAAUAAACAGGUAAGCGUCCUUUUUUCUAAUCACCUAUCGAUGUGAAGCUGAAGGAUAAUCCCGUUUUAAUAUUUGAUCAUUUAAUACAGUUUUUUCAAGUUGUGCAGGGCCGGAUACUCCUGCUGGGGCAUGGUCUUUUUUGUAGCAGCUUAUGUUAAUAUUUGUAUACAGGUUGGCCAGUUUUGACUGCAGAAAAGAUUGCAAGAUGCAGCCAAUAUAUGUGAUGGCUGAGGAUUAAGUUCUUGUGAUAUCAAUUCGACACAGAAAUGAAGUGGCUUCUUCAGAGCGACUGUCGUGCUGUGUUUAGUUUUUAGAAUUUCAAGCAGCAGUUCUUACUCAGGCAAUGAUUUCCCUUAUCUUUAGAAGAUUAUUGUUUCCUUUUUUUCUUCCUUUUGGAUUCCUUAAGGUGUGUAAUAUUGAAACUCUUACAUUCAUCCUUCUGUUGUGACUAAAUUGAAUCGUGCUUUCACCGUAUUGUUAGUAUUGUGAAAACUUGGGCAACCAAGUUAUUUUGGUA